CAGACAGCAGGCAGAGAAAGAGGCAGGGCUGCACUCACACGCAGACACAGAGGCUGGGACAGCAGGACUAAGGCAGGCACAGACACUGGGGCAUUUACAUUUCCUCUCUAUGCCAGACAACAGUACUUCAGCAUCCCCAGUGGAUCUCCUGAUGCGUUAGAACCCAUGCUGGUUCACUGGGGAGGGCACGGACUGCCAGGAGGGUGCAUGUUAUAAAGACGAGUUCUCCAGCCCUGCUGAGCCACUGGGGCAACUUUCUAAUAUGAGAAGAGACGGGAGGGAGAGAGGACACGAGCUCGGAUACCCCCUGCUUUGCCUUGCUGAGUAGAAACUAGCUGUGCACCAUGGUUCAGCAAAGAAGAGAGAAAUACCCAACCAUGAUGGAAAGAGAUUUUAUCCAGGACGCCUGUGCAGGGCUGAGCAGUGAGGAGGGGGAUGAUGUUUUCGGAAACGUUCCUCCCAAUAAGGACCCCAACUGGUGCAAAACCCCCAGUGGCCACAUCAAAAGACCCAUGAACACCUUUAUGGUGUGGUCGCAGAUCGAGAGGCGGAAGAUCAUGGAGCGGUGGCCAGACAUGCACAACGCAGAGAUCUCCAAACGACUGGGCAAGAGAUGGAAGCAGCUCCCGGACUACGAGAAGAUCCCCUUUAUCAAGGAGGCAGAGAGGCUGAGGCUGAAGCACAUGGCCGACUACCCUGACUACAAAUACCGACCCAGGAAAAAGAGCAAGUCUUCCAGACCCUCCAAGACCAGCGAGAAGAUGCCCUUGAAGAGCAAGCCAUACCCAAGCCGAGCGAACGCAGGCAAGGUGCUGAAAAUCAAAACCACUGCUGCCAAACACAAACCCAGCAACCCCCUUAGCAAUAACAAGUACAAGAGCUUCGACAUGGAUACAAGCGAGGAUGACACUUUGGAUGUCAAGCUGCAGAGCCCCGCUGGGCUCAAUGACAAUCAGGACACUCUGACCCCAACGCUCCACUCCUAUCACCAGCAGAUCAGCCAGCCAGCGCCAGACAUGGCAGCACCUGCGCAGCCUAAGCUUCCUGUGUCUCCACCCGUCAGCCUUGUCCCCUCGUCAUCAGAAGUCAGAGCAGUGAAGUACGCGGGUCAGAUCUCUCCUGACCCCGAGCUGACGGAGCACAGGCAGUCAGUGUCCGGCAGGUCCUCCACGCCGGACUCCACCAGCUCAGCCUCCUCUCGCGCCGCGUCGCCUGCUUCUUCGGAUGGGGAGCUAGAGGAGGAGAUCCUGCAUAUCAUUUCUAACGCAGGCAUCAGCAGCGUGCCCCCGGAGUGCUCUUCCUUGGACAAGGAUUUCGACGUAUUACACGCAAACUCAGGAUCCCACUUUGACUUUCCAGACUACUGCACUCCGGAGGUGAACGAGAUGAUCUCUGGGGACCUGUUAGGACCCAGUAUUUCUGACUUGGUGUUCACUUACUGAACCUUACCUGCCUACGUAGCGACAGUAAUAUUCACCGGUCACGGCAGCGCCAUCGACAGCUGUUGCGCUCUGGUGCGGUGCGUUAUUUCCUCAAUGAGUCCCGUAAGUGCUAUUGAUUAUAUGACACAAAUUGCCAGCUUUAAUUAUGACACUGAAAAAAAGAUAUGAAGAUAUGUAAAGAUAAGGAAAAAGUAUUUCCAAGUUCAAGCAUUGUGUGAACCAUACACAAUGAAAUGAUAGCAAGUGAAACAGGGGAAUUGAAUCCAUAGUUACAGUGAACUCAAUUCAAAGCCAUAACAUACACAUGAGUUGCUACGUUGGUGUAAAUACAUGUAUAGUAUAUGCUCUGUGCUCUUAAGGAGAACAUUUGCUAUAUCCUCACAAACAUUCAGUGGAUAUUUAGGGUGCUUCUCAAGGAUGAACAGCAGUGAACCAGCAUUAAUAAAAGGGCAUGGGAUUUCAGGGUUACUCUCUUCAGACAGAAUGCUAAAUUUAAAUACAAUUGAGGGAGGAGGGGAGCCCUCCUAUUCUCAAGUUUGCAAAGCUGAUAAGAAAAAUAAAUGUAGGGUAACACUUAAGCAAGGAUAAUACAUCUAUAAACAUGUUUAAAAACAACCGGGGACUAAUAAUGAAAUCCUGUGUUACACACACCUAACAUGAUAACAAACGUUGGAUUUGAAUUGUAGCCUGACAAAACCUUUGCAGUGUGGGGUGACUACAUUCAGUUGGUUCUAAACUGCCGUCUGCAUGCUAAUAUAAUCGUCAUAAACCUUUAACAAGCUGUUUAUAGAUGCGUAUCGCUGUCAGAAUGCUCUGCAAGUCCAGUUAAGUUGAGCGAGAGAGGGAGACCGCCUUUGUGCACAGCCUGUCCUCCACGCUCCCUGUCUGUCUCCUCAGAGACGCUGGUAAAAUGCAUGUCAUGUCUGCAGUCUAGCUUCAGUUGCCUCAUCAUGCUCAUCGGUGAAUGGAGAGAAAUCUGCAGGCUGCCAGCUGUCUCCAUUGACUCCGUCUCGCUCGCUCAGGGAUCAAUCUCCUGGGUCCUAGUGCCCUAUCUAGAACAUUCCGUCUGGUGGAUAGGCAAUGGUGAAGGGAGGAGGGCAGCUGCUUUCUUCUCUGCAUACAAGGAAACAGGCCCUGUUUUUUUCGAGUAUACAAAUCUGAGCACUUAUCUUUUUUAUUAAGAUUAAGGACUAAACAGUUACAAAACUGAAGCUCUACUAAGCAUGGGCAUCAGCGAAUAGUGGUGUGUGUGGAUCUUAGGUAGAAGACACCAGACUAGCCAAUACUGCAAACAAUUACAAUUAUUAUUAUUAUUAUUAUUUAUAUCAGAAUUUCUAAUUUUUAUUUAUUGCAGCAGCCAAAAUGAAGAUAAAAAAUAAAUACAUAAGAAAACAAAACAGAAAUUACAAAACUAAUACAAAAAGCAAUUACUUUUUAAGGUGCAAUUGAUUCUCACCUACAACCAAACACACCUUAUUUAGGAAGGUAAUACUGUGAAAUCUUGCUGUUGGAAGCUGGUUCAGCCAGUGUGUGUCUUUACUGUGUUGCCUGGACUGGACAAUAACAAUGCAACAGCACUCUUAUUACUGAAUGUGAAAUGGUGGCCGCUUGCAGCAUGGUGAUUGUGUAUUUACAGUGCAAGGAAUACAUAACCACACAUUAGAGACGCUUACUGUCCAAAAAAAUAAAUGUACACAUAAUUAGACAAUAUUGGACGGAAUACAUCAUGCAUAAGGGUGCAUCCCAAAUAUGUGUGGAUGCCCUGGAAAGAGCCUGCCAGGGCUGUUUGAUAGUAAUGCCCGUUCGCACUGUGCCAGUCCUGCAGGACACAGGAAUGCCCUGCAAUGUCUGAAGCCCCAUGAGUUCAAAGCAAUAUGGCUUUCCUCUGAAUAUCUAACAUGCAACUCUCUUAACAAGUCAUGCUGGGGGAUAUCUCUUGUGUAACUUUCUGCAAUCUCAAAACGGCUCUGAGUCCCUAAAAGGAACUUAAUACAAAAUCACAGAAUACAAAAGAGCAGCAUAAAGAAAGACACUGGAGCUCCUCCACCGUUUCAUCAGCACUCCCACUGACCUUUCAGAGAAACUCUCUGGAUUUCAGCAGGAAAGCAGUAAUCGUAUUCAAAGCCAUUCAUGAGGUGGUUCCUGCUUCAAAAAGUAAUGAUGCUUUUAAACCAGGAGACCGUUGACACUUAUACAAUUCACAGAAUAGCCUCGCUUCAGCUUGAGAGCAGCGACCAGAGGAAUUCCCAGACUUACUGUAUGUUACAAGCUAUAACAAAUACAGAAGAAUUAUUAUUAUUACUGUACUUUCCGAACGUGCAUCAAAACGAACAGGAAUAUUUAAAUAAGUAGCCUCUUUGUGUAGCUGUGUUGUUGUAUCAAUCAGGGCAUAUCUUUGUUAAAUUUGUAGACGGCUGGAGUCACCGCUCAGAACAGCAAGUGACAGAUACUGGUCAAAUAUUUCAAUGCAAAACGUCACUAAAACAAUACUGUGCUGCAAUAAAGUGUUCGAAGCCCAUGCAAUGGUAAGCUGUAUUACACAGCUCCUGUCAGAGGCCCUCAAUCACACUCCGCAGACGCGGCAGACAGACAGACAGACAGCAGCUCACAGCUCUGUUACCAAACCAAGCACCAGCAGUUUGCAGCUACCGGACUCAGGAGGACAUUAAUCAAGUCAUCGUUUUUUUGUUUUGUGUAGAACACGUAGCUUGUUAAACAAUGUGCUGUUUAUGGCUAUGUGUCCGAGGUGUAGAAUAUGAAACUAUUAACGUAGCCUCUGCUAGUGUUUCUCUCCAAAAGAGUUUUAAAAGAAACCUUGAGAAAAGAAAACAUGAAGCUAGUUUACUGUCGUUGAUGUGAUAAACUUACUUUCUAAUCACCCUAUAUAUAUAUUUUAUGAAAAUCCGUAAUAACUCAAAUACGACAGAUGUUUCCCAGAUGGGCUAAAAUAAAUGAUUGUCAGUGUUAUAAAAUAAAAACUGCAUAUGAAUUAAGCCCCCCAUCUGGUCGGUGCCUCCCACUUGCCCCGCUGUUUUGAUUAAUAGGGCGUCCGCAGAUGGAGACACAAGCACGAGAGAAACGUUGCUUUCAUGCGUAACACUUCAAGUGCGACACCUCAGAGACCGAGCCAUGCCCAGCACGUCUGGCAGCUCUCCAUCCAAUCACAUGUGCGUUUUAAUAUUACCACUGUGAUUCAUCUGAGAACUAGACCUCGGCAAUGAGAAUGACAAGAUCAAGUGACGUUGUGUUCUAACCAUUUUUGAUUUUAUCAUACAGAGGAACAGAAAACAAAAAACGUUGGAUCACAUUACAGAUUAAACAGCCAAAAUCCAGCCACGGUGCCUGCAUGCAUUGUACACAGGUUAGCUGCUAGAGCUCUGGGCAGGACUUUGCGUUGUUGCAGAACAGCAUCUGUGUGUGUUUGUAUCAGCUGUGUUAACUCCAGACUACUGACGCAAAGCAUCUGUUUCCCUACUCUGGGAAGCUGCUGUAUAAAAAAGGUGCAUCCGCUUGGAUAAUAUAAGCUGUUCCCAGGUACGUCAGGGAAUACACAUGUGCAGAGAAUUCAGGACCCCCCCCAGAAACAUUUACAUUGCUCUAUUAAAAUAACUUACGACAUCUGGCCACCAGACAGCGCCAAGUUCUAAGCAAACAUUCUGUUAGAGUUCCAGGGGAGUUAUGAGUGCAGUACACAGUGAGUGAUUCACAUAUUCUAGAAUCGCUCAUACAGUGCAGUCACAAUGUAAUUAAAGCAGCUGACAGAAUGUUGUUCCCAAACAAGCCCCUGUCUUUGUAGGUACAGAGCAGCUGUGGUGAAGGAGCAGGAACUGUUGGUAGUUACCCAUUUAUUACAAUGUAAUUAACUGGCUAGUCCUGCUCUGUGAUCUCAAGUGUUACAGCCCAUUAUAGAUUGUGGCAUUACUGUCCUCCCAAAGCAGAAACCCUUGCUUAAUAAUUUAAAAUCUUGCAAGAUUUUUUCUCAUCAGGAAAUGCUUUUUCCCUUUUCAAGUUCAAUCUCUGACAAUAGGCCUAAUUCAGUGCAUGCGACAAACACAAUCAAGGAGGCACAUACAACUGAAAUGUCACAAACAACAGACCUCAUACAAUUCAUGGCUGUCUGACCUGCAACAUUCUGCACAGAGCGCUCAGCGCUAGCACGGUAUGUAUGGUACAUUUUUGUAUCACACACUUUUUUGCAUUACAGCCAGCCAACCCGUUCGAAUCGCUCUGUGUGUGCAAGGCAGUGGAAGUGUGUUUUUUUAAUUUCUUCUUUUGUCUUUUUUUGUAGUAGGCACUGCUGUGUAGACAGCAGCUUUGUAAACAGGAAUGAAAAGCACUUUGUUUUGUAAAUAUGUAGAACUGACAGAUGAACUGCCCUGAUCAUUUUUGUUAUAGUGCUUGGUAUAGUGGGACUCCGUCACUGAAUAAAACGUUCUGGUCCAAAGCUAA